AUGAACGCGCUCCAUCUCAGCGCCGACGGGGAACCCGAUGCAGAGAAGGCGUUCUUUGUAGCCGACCUCAGCAUCGUGUACAAGCAGCACGAGAGGUGGAAGAAGCUCCUUCCCGAAAUUGAGCCGUUCUACGCCGUAAAGUGCAACCCGGACCCGUACGUCCUCCGGCUGCUCGCUGCCCUCGGGGCCAACUUCGAUUGCGCGUCGAACAAUGAAAUCAAGCAGGUGCUGGACAUCGGUGUCAAUCCCGCCCGAAUCGUAUUUGCCAACCCGUGCAAGGCGACAUCGUUCAUUCGCAGCGCAGCCCGCGCGGGCGUCGACGCCAUGACAUUCGACAACACUGACGAGCUGCAUAAGAUCGCGCGCACGCACCCGGGUGCGAAGCUCAUCGUGCGCAUCCUCACAGACGACUCCAAGAGCCUUUGUCGGCUCGGGCUCAAGUUCGGUGCGCCCCUAGUGACUGUCCCCGCGCUGCUCGCGAAGGCGCGAGAGCUGAAGCUCGAUGUCGUUGGCGUGAGCUUCCAUGUGGGGAGCGGCUGCUACGACCCUAGCGCGUUCGCAGAAGCGGUGGCGCGCGCUCGCGCGGCAUUCGACAUGGGCAGGGAAGCCGGGUACGAGUUCAGCCUGCUCGACGUCGGUGGCGGCUUCGAGGAUGCGACGUUCGAGACGACGGCCAAGGUUCUCACGGACGCAAUUGAUCGGCACUUCCCAGUUCGGGACCGGAUUCGGAUUAUUGCGGAGCCGGGGAGGUACUACGUCUCCAAGGCGUUCUCGCUCGCGGCCAAUGUCAUCGCCCGCCGGGCGCCGCCUGCACACGAACAGACUUCUGCGGAUGCCGCCGUCGUCGAGCAAGAGCAACCGAGCGUGAUGUAUUACAUCAACGACGGCGUAUACGGCGCGUUCAACUGCAUCCUGUUCGACCACCAGUCCCCUCAGCCGUACGUGCUCUCCCUCAACGGCUCGUUUCACGUCCCCGCGUCGAUCCCGCUCCGCGCGGCGUCCGUCUGGGGCCCCACGUGCGACUCGCUCGACUGCGUGUGCAGCAUGGUCAAGCUGCCCGCGACGCUCGAGGUCGGGGACUGGCUCGGGUUCGAGAACAUGGGCGCGUACACGGUCUGUGCCGCGUCGCAGUUCAACGGGUUCGAGGUCAGCAAGGUGAUCUACACCACCGGCGCGGGACCGGGCGCCGCGGAGGUCCGCGAGGCCCUCAGGGCGUACGAAGUUUGA